UUUUCUCUCUUUGAUACCCACCAUGCUUUCCUUUGGUUUCCAUCGGUUCAUAUCACUUUGCCUUAUUUUCCUUGCCGUUUUUGAGUCGUCGCUCGCAUCCGUGCUUGCUAUAGACUAUGGCUCCGACUGGAUCAAGGCUUCAUUGAUGAAACCGGGUAUACCUUUCGAUGUCUUGCUCAAUAAGGAUUCUAAAAGAAAGAUACAAUCAACCGUUGCGUGGAAGAAAGAUGACAGGCUGUUUGGGACAGACGCAUCUAACAUUGCAUCCCGCUUCCCUUCAGAUUCAUUCUCUUCUCUCAAAUAUCUGCAGGGUGUUACAUAUGGGGCAGACUUAAUGUCUUACUUUACCUCCAUAUCCACUGCAGAUAUAUUCAAGACUUCGCGUAGCACCAUUGGACUCCGACAGAGCGACGGAACGGAAUGGAGUGUUGAAGAACUUAUUGCAAUGCAGCUAGCAUACGUUAAACACUUGGCCGAGACUGUCGCGGAGGAACAGGUUCAGGAUGUCAUCAUCACCGUUCCUUCCUAUUAUUCUCAAUGUGAACGUGACGCUGUUGCCGAUGCUGUUGAAAUCGCAGGACUCCGUACAUUGGCUCUGAUAAACGACGGGACAGCUGUAGCUGUCAAUUAUGCAAUGACGCGUACCUUUCCGGCUCCAGAAUACCACGUCAUAUACGACGCUGGCGCAUCUUCCAUUCGCGCCACAGUGGUAUCAUUUACCCCAACAGGGGACACGAAGUCCAAGUCCACCGGAACACAGAUAUCGGCCUUGGGAGUCGGAUAUGAUCGACGCACGGGUGGUACUGAACUGGAUCGCAGAUUACGCGAAAUUCUCAUAGAUAAUUUUGUGAGCAAGCAUAAACGAGAUAUUCGCACCGACAAGAGAGGCAUGGUCAAGCUGUGGAAGGAAGCUGGACGGGUCAAGGCAAUUUUGAGUGCCAAUACUGAUGCCACAUCGACAGUGGAGAGUUUGGCGUUCGAUAUCGACUUUAAGGCCAAAAUCACGCGAGCUCAGUUUGAGAAAGCAUGUUCAGAUCUUCAGGGUCGAUUUGCUCUUCCCAUUCGAGAUGCGUUGGCAGAUGCAGGGUUAACUCUUAACAAUAUCACAUCUGUGAUUUUAACGGGAGGAAGUUCUCGUACACCUAUGAUACAAACAGCAGUUAAGGAGGCCGUCGGAGAGGACAAAAUAGCUUUGAACGUAAAUGCAGACGAGGCGGUGGUACUGGGUGCUGCGUUGCAUGGUGCAAGUCUGAGCAUGCAAUUCAAAACCAAGGAUAUCAGAGUUUCGGACAUUUCAACACACGAUGUUCAAGCUUCGUAUUUCGCCACUUCUCCAUCGUCUUCUGCUCGUCCACGUACUAUCAGUACACUUUUAUUCCCCUCGGGCUCUAAGUACGGUACCAAAAAGACGUUGACUUUCAAACGUCAGGAGGAUUUUUCAAUUUGGUUAGAUUAUAAAAAAUCGAUUCUACCCGGACUCCCUAGAGACAUCUUAGAGGCUCAAAUAAGUGGGGUGAGUGAGGCCAUAGCGGAUCUCACUGAACGAGGAGCAGCAGACCCUGUCAUCAAGGCUGUAAUUUCAUUAUCGGAUUCUGGUUUCAUUUCGGUCAAGGAGGCAUUCGCCUACGGAGAACUCAAGGACGAUUCAAUUACUGGUAAACUGAAAAGCCUUUUUGGUGGAGGGACAUCCACGUCUGAGGUGGGCUCUUCUUCAAUAAUGUCGCCUCCCGCAGAAACGCCUACCCCUGCUUCGACAUCGGCGCCUGAUUCGAAGAAGGAGAAGCAGCCAUCGCUGAAAGAUUUAAGCACAAUUACUCUGAACGUCACCGUUAACCUGUCAUCCAUGCCGCCCAUGACUGUUCUCGAGAAGAAAGCUGCCCGUGAUAGAUUAAGAAACAUGGAUUAUCAAGAGAUGGGCAAAUUGCGAAGGGAAGAGGCGAGAAAUAGUUUAGAGGGUUAUUUAUACCGAGUACGGGAUCUUCUGGACGACGAGAUACCCGAUACCCCCUUCAAAAAAUGCUCAAAACAAUCUGAAAGGAAAGCUAUUUCCGAAAAGUUAUCAGAAACUAUCACGUGGCUACAUAGCGAAGGCGAUGACGCUGAGACGUCGCAGCUUCGGGAGAAGCACAAUGCUCUCGAGACGUUAGAGAAGCCCAUUAUUCACCGAUAUCAAGAAAUCGAGGCGUUCCCUCGAGCACUAAAUAACUCUCAGAUGUGGAAUUGGAGCACGCGACUGUUCCUAACGGAAGCAAGAGACAACCUUACUGCAGAAGCCAAGGCUGGCAUUCAGUCUAAGUGGACGCUAGAGGAACUGGAUGCGCUAGAAACAGCAUUGAAAGAGCACGAGACAUGGCUACACCAGUGGGUGGAAAAGCAAAAGUCGGUGAAGAUGUACGAUGACCCUGUAAUUUCCACAUCGGAGAUGAAGUCAAGGGCGAGAAUACUAGAGCAGCAUUUGCAAAGAUUGGUGAAGAGAAAACCGGCGAAGGUAAAGAAGACAGCGUCCACGAAAGCGGAAGAGAGUGGAGAGAAGCCUCAGCCAACGCCAGGGCACGACGAGCUAUAAUACGAGGUUCCUAAUAUUGCUCUACUAGGGAAGCAACGAUGUUAAAUGUCUCUGUUUAAAUAUGUCUGUCGUGUAUGAAAGCAAUGCUUUAGUGCUGCCCUAUCCGCACGUAUAACUAUACUGUAAGUUGAUAGUCGCAUAACCCACAGCCGCGUUUCGAUAGUUGCCGUAUUUGCUGCUGCUUGACAAUAUACUAAGUAUUCGCGCCUCUGACACCUUGGCACAAG